AUGGCUCCUAUGGCAGAAGAAAGAGACCCCAAAACAAACGGCAAUGGGACCGUGAAGUCUACGGUGAAUGACCCAUCACAAUCGCCGCAGUCUGAAGAUCAAAAUGGAACCGGAAUCUUGACGCCCUCCGAAACGGACGCUAGCGAGACCGCUGUUGUCGAAGAAGGGCCUGUCGUAACAGCCGAGGAUGCAAAUGGGGUUCAUACGAAUGGGCGCUUUCCUGGAUCUUCAGAGCGGGGACUCGGGAUCCUGGUGGAAAGCUCGCCUAAGGAGCACGAGAGAAAUAGUCGGCUUUCUGUGAUGAAUGUUUUGGACGGACAGAACACAAAAGCCGCGCUGGCCGAACUUACCGAGGAGCGGUCCGCUGAGGAGAAGGAGAAGGUCCUGAAGCUGUCUCCGGAGAAGAUUCAGGAACUCACCUCGUCGCCUCAGUCUAUCCCGUACCGGGCUGUUGCGCCUGAUUUCUCUGGCACGACUGGGAGGAGAAGUGUCUCGGAGAGUGUCCAUUCAACCGCCGCUAAUCGACCCGAGAUACGAGAUUCUAUCUUGCAGUCACUUAGCGAGGCAACUUCCUCCACAGAUGAUGGCUCUUUGAAGACUCGACCUCCGAGGGACUUCACCUUGGACGAGUCGUCUCUACCAGCUAGCCCGGCAGGCUCCCGGCUUACCGCAAAUGGACCGGUUCGAAAUCGACCACAUGCAUCCCGCACGUUCUCUACACCUGGCCUCUCGCGCCGUCCGAAUUUCGCAGCCCCUAGUAACGAACGGCUGGCACAGACCUGGGCCUCACGAUCGAAGCAGGAUCGGCAAGGUGCAGAUCGCGACUUGAAAGCCUAUCUUGCUGCAUCUCCUCAGAUAUUGGAGUCGCCGCCGACAUCCCCCAUGCCACCAUCGAUUCCACUCCCUCCUGUUUCGAUACCCACAUAUCUGCAGCUUGAGCUUGCCUCUGGUCGACCUUCACCUCUGUAUAUUCACCGCGCUUCGAAGAGCGAUUUCCCAUACGAAUCGUCUAGUGCGAAGAUAGAGAGAUUGCUCAACUUUUUGAUUCUCCCACCGGCACUUGAACAAGUGCUCUGUUUUGGAACAAUGGCUUGUCUUGACUCUUGGCUCUACUCGUUUACCAUCCUCCCACUCCGCUUCGUGAAAGCUUUGUACAUACUGUGCGAGUCCUGGGUGAUGAAUAUCGAAGCAGAAGCCCGGUUCGUUUGGAAGUUUGUCGUCAACGGAGUUGGACGAGUUUGGCGACGACGAAACCAACCGCAAGUGGAUAGUCAUGGUGAGAGGCGCGAGAGUGAGCCUGAUGCAACGCCUCGGUUGGCGACUGGCUCCUCUGCGCAGGACCUUGCUGCAUCGGAUCGAGAACAUCGGUAUCGCAAUGGUGACCCGUCGAAACGAAGACAUCAUGGCUCAGAGUCUCGGAGGCACCACCGCCGAAAGAAAUCUAUGCCAUCGGCUUUGCUUCCCGACGACAAGGCGGAUAUUCUUACCGGAUUGCUGAUGGUUUCUACCUGUUGCGCCUUGAUGUACUUUGACGCCAGUCGGAUGUACCAUUGGAUCCGUGGACAGGCUGCCAUUAAGUUGUAUGUGAUCUACAACGUCUUGGAAGUCAGCGACAGACUGUUGGCUGCUCUUGGGCAAGAUGUUCUCGAAUGUCUCUUCUCGCGGGAGGCUCUGGAGCGUCGUCCCGAUGGCCGAAGCAAGAUCUUCCGACCAUUCUGGCUAUUCCUACUCGCCCUGGUAUACACCGUCGCACAUUCUACGUCGUUGUUCUACCAGGUCAUGACCCUCAAUGUUGCUGUCAACUCCUACUCCAAUGCUCUCAUCACACUCCUCCUGUCGAACCAGUUCGUUGAGAUCAAGUCUACCGUCUUCCGCAAAUUUGAGAAGGAAAAUCUUUUUCAACUCACUUGCGCUGAUGUCGUGGAGCGGUUUCAGCUUUGGCUGAUGCUCACGAUCAUUGCUUCUCGCAACAUUGUGGAGACGGGUGCUUUCAGCUUCAUUGGGGACCUUGGUCUGGGAUCCGGGUUUUCGAGUCAGUCGACGAGUACCAACAGCACGCCGUUAUCCACGCCUCCUCGCACAGCGUCGUCGAUUCUGCCUCAAUCUUUUACAUUCUUCCCCUCGUCCAUCCUGUCUUCGGUCAGCAGCGUCAAUUCAUUUCUACCAACAUUUGCCCAAGUCCUAGGUCCUUUCUUGGUAGUGUUGGGGUCGGAGAUGUUCGUCGACUGGCUCAAACACGCCUACAUCAACAAGUUCAAUAACUACCGUCCGGCACUCUAUGGUCGAUACUUGGAUGUUCUUGCGAAAGACUAUUACACCAAUGCCUUUGGCGACCAAAAUCUCACUCGUCGCCUGGGUCUCCCCGUCAUCCCACUCUCCUGCCUCUUCUUCCGGGUGUCAGUCCAAACAUACCAAAUGUUCCUGGCCUCACUCCUCCCACAACACCCCUCGUCCACAGCGAUGGAAUCAACAUCUCUCUCCUCAAUUCACGACCACUACGCCCCCGCACCAAUCCCCUCAACGCCCCCUUUGACAUUCCAAAACUUCUUUCCCGCUUCAGCGGCCCACAUCAACUCGCUCUUCCGUACUCUCCUCGAAAACGCCAUUCCUUCGCCGGCACAAUCAGUCCAGAUCUUCACCGUUAUCCUCCUCAUCACAGGAUUCAUCGUAUUGCUCAUCCUCAAACUCCUUCUGGGGAUGCUCCUCCUCGCUUUCGCCCGCUCCCGCUACAAGAAACUCAAAGCCGACGAGACGGAAUCCCGCAAAGCCUCUCACAGCGCCUCACACCCACCGUCUGCGGCUGAAACGCCUGUCCCACGUAAAGACGAGUUCAAUGUCGAAGGGAGCCGUCGUGCGGGUGGAUGGGGCAUGGUGGAGGUCGGAGAUGAGAAGCGGAGGUGGAUCUAUGCCGAUGAUCCGGAGGGAUUGAAGCGGGUUAAGGAGAAGGAGGAUCGGGAUAAAAACAAGGAUAAGGAGAUGAAGAUUGAUCAUGUGCAGCGGUAUGAGAUGGUUGCGAAGAAAAUUUGGUGA